AUGUUCAGUCAAGAGGAUUUCAAUCGAUAUGACACCCUUAAUGUAGUAUCUCGGAAUAUCUUCCAAUGGACAUGCCCUCAAGAUUGUCAUUAUCGUUGUCAACAACUUAUAACAGAUGAAACUAUGAAAAAUGAUAAUCACAUGUAUCAAUUUUAUGGGAAAUGGCCAUUCCGAAGGGUCUUUGGGAUCCAAGAGUUCUUUCUGGCGGCGUUUUCAAUGGGGAACUUAUUAGUUAACUAUGACAAUUUAAAGUUGAUAAGACAUAACCAAAAAAGAGCCCAAGUAUCUUCACAUCCACAACAAUUGGAUUGGGUUGGUAGGAUCUAUUCACAAUUCACAAUUGCUCUUGUUAUAAGUAUACUAGGUUGGUUAUGUUCAACUAUAUUUCAUAUGAGAGAUAAUGCAGUCACAGAAACUUUGGAUUAUUUCGGUGCCAAUGGGAUCUUACUAGCGAACUUCAACGCUAUUGCUAUUCUCCUGUUGAAAUAUUAUCGUUCUUUAAAAUGGACUAGAUUAUGUCAAUUUGUGUGUGUUUUGGCUUACGUCUUCCAUGUCGCAAGCUUACUUAAGCAGUGGGAUUACCAAUACAACAUGAAAUUUGGUUUAACGGUGGGGAUAACUUCAUCUCUAUUAUGGACGUGGCAUACUAUCCAAACAAAUAGAAUCUUUACCAAACACUAUCCCGUAUUGAAUAAUCUGAUUGAGUUACUUCCUUAUGAAACUAAAGUCCUCACCUUGGCCCACAAUAAGAUCAGAAGUCGUCUGAUUCCUUGGAUCCCCUUAGUCUGUAAUCUUAUUGUUCUUGGAGGAGUUCUGUUGGAAGUAUUCGAUUGGCAUCCCUUAGGAAGAUUGGUGGAUGCUCAUUCAUGCUGGCAUUUGAUCACCAUAUUCCCCAAUUUCAUUUGGUAUGAUUGGAUUGUAUGGAAUGUUGAAAUGCUUAAAGUACUCAACAAGAUCAAGUAA